AUGAAAAAUCACUACGAAUUCAUCCCGCCACCUGGGUCAUUCCAAGAAGUUCUGAAAGAAUUGGAAGCAUACCAUGAGGUUACCUCAGCUGGCCAAUGGAAACCGAAGGGGACGACUGACUAUGUAAGUUCCACCUUCAAGAUUAACCUAUGCACCACCAAGAUAAACAAUCCCUUCCAUCAAGAAGCCAUUGGCUCUUUUUUGCUUAGUGAGUGUGCCGAAGUUGCUAGCCUCAUGUCUAGACCAUUCCAAGGAUUCCUAGGAGUAGAUGGUCUUCCUCAAUGGCGCCGAGAUACGUUGAAAUUCAGGCGAUGGCGGGACCGAACGCCACUCCAUGAUCUGCUUGUAUUUGCCGACCAUCUUCAGGUUGCACUGAUCGCAAGGAGGCAAAAACCAAUUGAGCUCGGCCCUUUAAAUAGUGUGGCAGUUGUAGCAAGAGGUGGCAGCCAUACUGGCCUUUGCAUAUGGUGA